AUGUUUACCAGAACAAAGAAAUGUAACAAAAUUAUGAUUCGCUUAAAUAAUUUCUUGUAUGUAUUUAAUUUACGACAAGGCACAAUUUUGAUUGCCGUCCAUCAAAUCGCGCUAUCGUCGUUUUUGCUUAUAAUAUUAUUAGUUGGAAUAUCUCAUCUUGGAGAAAUGUUACAAUUGCUUGACAAUGAUAUGAAAGAUGACGAAGAGAGACGAGGAUUUUAUGGCGUGGGAUAUGGCGACCAAGUCAUAUUUCACGAAAGUGAUGUAAUAAGUACAAAGAACCAUGCAAGAUUUGUAAAAGCGCAGCAUCUUGCAUCAGUAACCGUCGUUAUUUUGUAUACAAGUACAAUAUUAACGGCUAUUUACCUUAUGUGUUCAAUAUCUCUAUUAUACGGUGCCGUGAAAUAUAAGAGGGAGUACGUAUUACCUUGGAUAAUGGCAGCUUGCAUUGCAGUAGUGUUACUUAUUAACUUCAUCAUUGUGUUCGAUGGCUAUCCGUGCAUCAUAAAUCUAUUCGGCGGUCAUAAUAUUUAUCAUUUCGGUUGCACGCUAUUCGUCCUAACAUUUAUCUACGCAAUUUGCGCAGUCAGUAGUUUUGCACUCGAGACUGGCGGACGUUGUCAUGAAAGUAUCACCAACAACGACGAAAGAGGCGAGAGGUUGCUACUCUUGGAUCAUGCAGCUCAUUCCAGCUUACUCUCAGCGGCACAAUUAAACAAACUUUCGCAUGGCACUAGGACGCACUUUGUUUAA